AUGUUCAAUGGUAAGUUCUACAACUACUGGAAGAACAGGAUGAAGAUCUUUAUUAAGGCAGAAAAUUACCAGGUUUGGUGUGUUAUUGAAGCUGGUGAUUUUGAAAUAACCAUAACCAAUGAAAAUAAAGAGGUAGUUCCUAAACCUAUUUCUAAUUAUGAUAAAGAAGAUUAUCAGAAACUUGAAUUGAAUGCUUUAGCCAUAAAGUAUUUGCAUUGUGGACUUGGACCUCAUGAACAUAAUCGUAUCAUGGGAUGCAAGUCUGCUAAACAGAUUUGGGAUCUACUAGAAGUAACUCAUGAAGGUACAAAUGAGGUAAAACGUUCUAAGAUUGAUUUGUUGAUGUCUAGAUAUGAAAGGUUUGAAAUGCAAUCAGAGGAAACUAUAGAGGAAAUGUUUACUAGGUUCAAUGAUAUUAUUAAUGAACUGAAUUCCCUUAGCAGGCACAUUCCGAUUGAUGAACAGGCUAGGAAGAUCUUGAGGAGUCUACCACAAGAUGAACGAUGGAGAUCAAAGGUGACUGCUAUGCAGGAAGCUAAAGACUUCACAAAGUUCAACAUGGAACAACUAGCUGGAUCAUUGAUGACUCAUGAACUACAUUUGAGUUCCAAUUCUGAAAGUUCCAAAAACAAGAGUCUGGCUCUUAAGGCUCAAGACUCAGAGGAAUCAGAUGCUGAUGAGGAAGAAAUGGCAAUGCUAGUCAGAAAGUUCAAAAGGAUGAUGAACUACAAGAAGUUUGAUUGGAACAAGAAAUAUGCAAGUUCCAGAAACACAACUUGUUUCAAGUGCGGCUCGAAAGAUCACUUCAUUAAAGAUUGUCCACUACCAGACAGUGAGAAAGGAAAGACUAAGAGCAAGGAGCAAUCCAAAGAGUCAAGAGUCUACAAGCCUUACUUCACCAAGGACAACAUGAAGAAAACCAUGUUAGCUGCUUGGGGAGAUUCAGAUUCUGAGGAAGAGGAAGAACAACCACCAGAGGAAACUGCCUAUCUAUGUUUGAUGGCCAAAAUUGAUGAGAAGGCAAAACUGAAGGAACUAGAGUCUGAGGUAUGGUAUUCUCAAAAAGAACUUAGACAUUUCUCUAAAGAAAACUUAAUAUUAACUGUCUUGGUAAUUCAAGAAGAACUUAAAGAUUUGCGUAAAGCUAAACAUAAAAGUGAUGAAGCUUUGGUUACUUUUAAAGAAAACAAUCAGUGCGUUGAUAAUCUGAAAUUUGAUAUUCAAUAUAGAUUCUUUAGUCUGUUUGAUGAUAAUAAUUAUUUAAAAGAAACUAUAGACAGGUUAAAACAUGAUAACAUAAUGUUGAAUGUGGAACUAUCCUUGAUGAAACUCUGUCUUAAUGCCCCUGAUUCUGAAGUUCCUCCACUUGCUCAAUAUCCGAAUUUUGAAAAACUAAAAUCUGACUUAGAAAAUAUAAAAGCGGAUAAAGCAAGACUUGAGGGGGAACUUGAGAAAGCCAGGAAAGGCAAACAACCUAUAGAUUACAGAGUUCCUGACUGGAUCACCAAAGCUCAAACCAAAAGAACAGAAGGAGAUAUAGUUGCUAUUGGCAAGGUAGGAAGGUCAAGUUCCCAUGCAAUUGAUAAUGUAUUUUUGGUCGAGGGUCUCAAACACAACUUGUUGAGUACUUCACAAUUUUGUGACAAAGGUAACUCCGUAAGAUUUACUUCUAAUAAGUACAUAAUCAUUCACAAUUACACUGGGAACAUCAUCUUAGAAGGAACUCGUAAAGGAAACACAUAUGUUGUUGAUCUUAACGAAGUUCCUAAUAGCAGCUUAACAUGUCUUAGUGUCAUUGAGAAUAAUCCUUUAUUAUGGCACAAAAGACUUGGACAUGCAAGCUUUACUCUACUAGAUAAACUGAGAUCUAAGGAACUAGUGGAAGGACUUCCAUGUAUCAAGUUCUUGUAUGACAAAGUGUGUGAUGCUUGUGUUAGAGGAAAACAGACUUGA